AUUUAAAUGUUAGAAUUACAAGAUUUACGUGAUUUUUCAAUAACAAAUUGGUAUGGGACAUUCAAAGACAUUACAGUUAAGACUAUAAUUGUGGAUUUACCGGAACAGUUGUUGAAAACAAUUCAAAAAGAAGAUAUACAAGAUUCAGAUGAAGAUAAUGAAAUUGUCGACGAUGAAGAACUACCUGUUGAAUUUCUUCAAGAUUUUAAAAAUGCGUUAAAUGUUUUUGAUAAUAAUGCGUUCGUUAAAAAUAAUUGGCACGCGCCUGUAGAUGCGAGGAUGUUUAGUUUUGGGAAUUAUUUAAAAGUGAUAAAUCUGGAUGAUGUAAUAACGUAUUUUACGAGUUCUAGUAGAAUUCAAGAAGAUUUUUCAAUUGUUACGAACAUUCCGUUUUGUAUAGCUUUAAGAAAAUGGAUCAGUAUUCAUCCUGCAGCUGAAUUUCGAUGCAUUGUUAUCAACAAUGUCCUACGAGGAAUAACUCCCAGAGAUUGGCCGACUUUUUAUGCCCAUUUCAAAGAAGAAGGACCACAGAUUAUCGAUGAAUUGACGAAUUUUUUCAACGACAAUAUAAAACUCAGGUUUUUACGUAAACAUUUCGUGUUUGAUGUGAUUUUUCAAUAUCCUGAUAAGCCAUAUAUCAUUGAUUUCGAACCAUUGAAUUCCAAGACGAAUUUGUACGCAUUUAGUUGGAAGGAAAUUCAACCUCUUAUAAACAAAGAUAGUCCUGAUGAUGUAGCACCUGUUUUCAGAUACCUCGAAACUGAUAUAGGAAUUAUCACUAAAACUGAUGCUUUAAAUAUGUUAACAAGAUGUAAUUGAAAUAUUUACAUUGAAUAAAAAGUUUUAACAGAUUAUUUAUUGUGAAUCCUCAACUUUCUAGUGAGUAAAUAGUUUAAUAAAAAUUUCUACCUAGUGAAAAAUAGUGUUUUUCAUACAUGGAAAAAU